AUGUGUCUGUGUUGUGUGUGUGCGUAUAUCUAUCUAUCUAUCUAUCUAUCUAUCUAUCUAUCUAUCUAUCUGAAAAUUGUGUACUCCAUCCUCUCUCCCCGUAGUGUAUUGAUUCGCAUAUGUCUCCCUAGUGUCCGGCCAUAUUACCUAACUAGCAGAUUCUAUCUCGCUAUGAUGACUACAGGUUUGAGUCAAUUUUGCCCUUCAUCUAAAACGACACCUCAUCUACCUUUUCCCUUGCUUUUUUCAUUUUCGCUCUUCUCUUUUCCUUUUAAUUCCCUACUAAUCUUUCUUUUCUCAUAUGUUUACCACAGUUCUCUCUAUAUUUCUUUCACGCUCUCACAGUCUCUUCUUUUUCCUCCUUUAUUUUUUCUCUUUUUCUGUUGCGUUCUUUUUUUACAUCUCUCUUUAUUUUCUCUUUCUUUCAUUUUACUUUAUUUUCGACUUCUCUCUCUCUCUCUCUCUCUCUCUCUCUUUCCUUCAUUCCACCCUUUCUUUCACUUUUUUCCACACCUCUUCUAUGUUUUACAUUCUUCCCACUCUUACUUUAUCCCUUCUCUUUUGUUUAAUCUAUUUCAGUUUACUAUUUACAGUUUCGCCUUGCUUUUUCAUCUUUUUUCCUUUCUUUUCUUUUUUUAUUCCUUUUCCUGCUCUAUUUCUUCUCACUUUCCCUCAUUCGAGCUGUUUUCUUUUAAUCUUCAUUCAUGUACGUUUUAUUCUAUUGUUCUUCCAAUUUUUUCCGCUCCUUUAGAUUUCUUUUAG